AUGGAGGCAGUGGCCGCUCAGUGUCCCCAGCCGCCGUCCGCGAGUUCCCAGACUGGGCUUUCUCAAGCCAACCUCUCGGCUGGUCCCUCCCACAACUGCAGCGCCGCCGAGGAGUACAUUUACCAGGACUUCAUCGCCCUGCCCUGGAAAGUAGUCGUGGUCCUGCUGCUGGCGCUCUUCACCUUGGCCACCACGCUCUCCAACGCCUUUGUGAUAGUCACUGUGUACCGGACGCGGAAGCUGCAUACCCCGGCCAACUACCUGAUCGCCUCCUUGGCGGUCACCGACCUGCUCGUGUCCAUCCUGGUGAUGCCCAUCAGCACCAUGUACACGGUCACGGGCCGCUGGACGCUGGGCCAGGUGGUCUGCGACUUCUGGCUGUCGUCGGACAUCACCUGUUGCACAGCCUCCAUCCUGCACCUCUGCGUCAUCGCCCUGGACCGCUACUGGGCCAUCACGGACGCCGUGGAGUACUCGGCGAAAAGGACUCCCAAGAGGGCCGCGGUCAUGAUCGCGCUCGUGUGGGUCUUCUCCAUCUGCAUCUCGCUGCCGCCCUUCUUCUGGCGGCAGGCCAAAGCCGAAGCGAUGUCGAACUGCGUGGUGAACACCGACCACGUCCUGUACACCGUCUACUCCACGGUGGGCGCUUUCUACUUCCCCACCCUGCUCCUCAUCGCCCUCUAUGGCCGCAUCUACGUGGAAGCCCGCUCCCGGAUUUUGAAACAGACGCCCAACAGAACCGGCAAGCGUCUGACCCGAGCCCAGCUGAUUACUGACUCCCCCGGCUCCACGUCUUCGGUCACCUCGAUUAACUCGCGGGCUCCGGAGGUACCCAGCGAAUCCGGGUCUCCCGUGUACGUGAACCAAGUCAAAGUGCGCGUCUCCGACGCCCUGCUGGAGAAGAAGAAACUCAUGGCCGCUAGGGAGCGCAAAGCCACCAAGACCCUGGGGAUCAUUUUGGGCGCGUUCAUCGUGUGUUGGCUGCCCUUCUUCAUCAUCUCCCUGGUCAUCCCGAUCUGCACAUCCUGCUGGUUCCACCAGGCCAUCUUUGACUUCUUCACGUGGCUGGGCUAUCUUAACUCCCUCAUCAACCCCAUCAUCUACACCAUGUCCAACGAGGACUUCAAACAAGCUUUCCAUAAACUGAUAGGCUUCAAGUGCACGAACUGA